CGCCGCCAUUGGUCGCGCGCCGCCACCGCCCUCGGCCUCGCACUUCCCGGCGGAGCCAUGGCUGCGCAGCCGGCCAACUCCGGGGCUCGGGCGCCCACUUCCCGCCGCCCGGCUCAGCCGGGACCGCCGCCGAAGCUUCCCGAGUCGCUCCCCUAGCGCGCCCUCGCUCUCAGGAAUGCUGCUCUCGUCUUAGGGUUGUGGAUCUCAUCUGCGAUGGAGGGAAGCCGGCAGACGCGAGUGUCUCGACCUUACAAGAUCAGCGAGUCAUCCAAGGUAUAUCGCUGGGCUGACCAUUCAAGCACUGUGCUACAGCGACUGAAUGAGCAGCGCCUCCGAGGCCUCUUCUGUGACAUCAUCCUGGUAGCAGAUGAGCAGCGUGUGCCAGCCCACCGCAACCUGCUGGCCGUGUGCAGUGACUACUUCAACUCCAUGUUCACCAUUGGCAUGCGAGAGGCCUUCCAGAAGGAGGUGGAGCUGAUUGGUGCCUCCUACAUUGGGCUCAAGGCUGUGGUGGACUUCUUAUAUGGAGGUGAGCUGGCACUGGACGGCGGCAAUAUUGACUAUAUCCUGGAGACGGCACACCUGCUGCAGAUCUGGACGGUGGUGGACUUCUGCUGUGAGUACCUGGAGCAGGAGGUGAGUGAGGACAACUACCUGUACCUGCAGGAGCUGGCCUCCAUCUACAGCCUCAAGAGGCUGGACACCUUCAUUGACGGCUUCGUCUUGCGCCACUUCGGCACACUGUCCUUCACACCUGACUUCCUGCAGACCGUGUCCAUGCAGAAGCUGUGCCUGUACCUGAGCAGCAGCGAAGUGCAACGUGAGUGUGAGCAUGACCUGCUGCAGGCCGCCCUGCAGUGGCUCACACAGCAGCCAGAGCGCGAGGUUCACGCCCACCGGGUGCUGGAGAACAUCCACUUCCCACUCAUCCCCAAGAAUGACCUGCUGCACCGCGUAAAGCCUGCUGUGUGCUCACUGCUGCCCCGGGAGGCCGGCUGUGAGGACUUCAUCGAGGAGGCAGUGAGCUACCACAACAACCUGGCCGCCCAGCCUGUGAUGCAGACCAAGCGCACAGCACUGCGCACCAAUGCGGAGCGCCUGCUUUUCGUGGGUGGUGAGGUCUCUGAGCGGUGUCUAGAGCUCAGUGAUGACACCUGCUACCUGGAUGCCCAGAGCGAGCAGUGGGUCCAGGAGACACCGCUGCCUGCCCGCCGGAGCCACCACUGCGUGGCCGUGCUGGGGGGGUUCAUCUUCAUCGCCGGUGGCAGCUUCUCCAGAGACAACGGAGGGGACGCUGCAUCCAAUCUUCUUUAUAGGUAUGACCCCCGCUGUAAACAGUGGAUCAAGGUGGCCUCCAUGAACCAGCGUCGUGUGGAUUUCUACCUGGCUUCCAUCGAAGACAUGCUGGUGGCUGUCGGUGGCCGAAACGAGAAUGGAGCUCUCUCCUCAGUCGAAACUUACAGCCCCAAGACCGACUCCUGGUCCUAUGUGGCUGGCCUGCCAAGGUUUACCUAUGGUCAUGCGGGCACCAUCUACAAGGACUUUGUGUACAUUUCGGGGGGCCACGACUACCAGAUUGGCCCCUACCGCAAGAACCUGCUAUGCUAUGACCACCGCACAGAUGUGUGGGAAGAGCGGCGGCCUAUGACCACCGCGCGUGGCUGGCACAGCAUGUGCAGCCUGGAUGACCGCAUCUACUCCAUCGGAGGCAGCGACGACAGCAUCGAGUCCAUGGAACGCUUCGACGUGCUGGGUGUGGAGGCCUACAGCCCGCAGUGCAACCAAUGGACUCGUGUGGCCCCCUUGCUGCACGCCAACAGUGAGUCAGGCGUGGCUGUGUGGGAGGGCCGCAUCUACAUCCUGGGCGGCUACAGCUGGGAGAACACGGCCUUCUCCAAGACCGUGCAGGUAUACGACCGUGAGAAGGACAAGUGGAGCAAGGGCACCGACCUGCCCAAGGCCAUUGCAGGCGUGUCAGCCUGUGUCUGUGCCCUGAAGCCGAGGCUUGAAGACAAGAAGAAGAAAGGCAAGGGCAAGAGGCACCAGGACCGGGGCCAGUGAGCCCCCCUGCACCCCUCUUCACCCCACCACCUGACUGGCUGCCUUGUGGUCCCCACCACCAUUUCCCAGAGUGUCUGUAGGCCAGCACCCACAUGGUAGAACCCCGGAACUAUGAUGUAUUUAGCAGUAUUUUUAACUUUUCUGAUUCUUGGUAUUUCUAUAUCAUAGUAACCAAUUAAAUAUUCUCUAUAACUUUA